UGUACUUUAAUUAAGUAUUUUAUCUCAAGCAUAAAAUCUGUUACUAUUCUAUUUACGAUAGUCUUGAUUCCUUCAUCAUCCCAGCAUUAUGGAAAAGAAAUAAUUGCGAAAGAGGUUCAGCUGGACUCAGACCAUCCUGAUGUGCAUCGCUUAUUUCUUACAGUCUACAAGAACUUUAUAGAGGCUAUUGAUGCUGUAGACAAUGGAAUCAGUCAAUACAACACUACUCAGCUUCCAAGGUUUGUAAAUAAUACAAGCUUGUCAUCAAGAGUGGAAAGACUAAAUCCUGACUGGAUAUGUCCAAAUCAAUCCCUUGCAGAAGAGGAUGAAUCCUUUCAACAAGCAAUGAAAGUAGCAGGCAAUGAGUUCCUAGAGUGUAUCAAUUUUCAUGCUAAAUCAUGGUUGCCAGCUCGAUCGGUUGUCAUGAAUAGUCUCUUGGCAAGGAAAAGUAUAGAUUCAAGUGGUGAAAUCAUUAUGCUAACGAAUUCAGUACCUUGGAAGCUUCACAUUUUUGAACUUGAGAAGGAACUGAAGAUCACUCCUAGCAUCAAAUAUGUUGUCUAUGCGGAUGACAGGAGCGAAAAGUGGCGCUUGCAAGCUGUGGCAGUUGGACCUGAUAAAUUUGAUAGUCGCAAACCUCUCCCACCUUCUUGGAGGGGCUUGAAUGAUGAUGAACUUUCACAAGUUUCAGGAAUUAGUGGCUGCACCUUUGUGCAUAUAAGUGGAUUUAUUGGAGGAAAUAGAACUUAUGAUGGUGCUCUAGCAAUGGCAAGAACAUCUUUGAUGCUAGCAUGAUAAAGAAUUCAACUUAACUUAGGAAUUUGUUUUGGAGAAAAUGCCACAUUGGUUUAUUGGGAUGUAAUAUGAAAGUUAGUUCCCCCUCCCAACUGCACUCAGCCACUUUACAUGCAUGAAGCUGUAAGAAAAAUUUCUCCCAAAAUUCUGCUGGUUUUCUUCCAUUA